AUGGCCAACAGGCACGCUCUGACAACAGGUCACAAGGAGUUCCUUUGCAUCAUACCAGACAAGCCAAAUGUAUCCGAUCUUCGUAAGAGCGUCAAGGGAGCGCACUACGAGGGCAUCAAGCCUCUGAUUUCGUCCGGUCGGCUGGUUGCGGGAGGUGCGAUGGUUGAGUCGCACCCCGACAAGGACGAACUUCCGGCGUUCAAGGGCAGUGCCGUCGUGUAUACCGGAGAGAGCAUCGAGGAAGUGCGCGCGAUUAUCCACAGCGAUAUAUACGCAAAAAGCGGCGUGUGGGAUUUAGAGAAGGCCCAGAUCAUACCCUACAUUCCAGCAGUGCGGGCACCACUUUCAUCUUGA